CAAGCGACGGAAGCGGUCUCCUUGGUUCCAAUCACCCCCAGCUUGCAAUAUCUUUCUCGAAAAGGUCGCAGCAGCCCAACUACCACCUUCGGUAAACACAUAACGGUCAACCAUGCCCAAGCAGAUCACCGAAAUCAAGGAGUUCCUCCUUACCGCCAGGCGCAAGGAUGCCAAAUCCGUUAAGAUCAAGAAGAGCACCAACGAGGUCAAGUUCAAGGUCCGCUGCUCCAAGUACCUCUACACGCUCGUCGUUGCCGACCUCGAGAAGGCCGAGAAGCUGAAGCAGUCCCUUCCCCCAGGACUUGAGGUCAAGAACCUCUAAGCGAUGGAAACCCACCCGUCACUUUCGUUCGAUUCCGGGGGCUUCUGUAGACUGAUUGGAUUGCGUAGAUCGAUGUUGAUCAGUCAAUAGACCCUUUCGCGCACAAAAAAGAUCUGCUGUUGCUGUCUGUGGCUUCCAAUCCUCUUUCCGCCGUCCGGAGAACGUGUGUGUCUCGCACGGGGGCUGCCCUAAACAGCCGCGGUCAUGAGACUGAUUCUAGCGAUUGCAAGUCCAUGGACGGUCAGCAUUGGAGAGAGGCGCGAUCGACUGUGCAAUCCUUGGGCUACUGGCACGGGGCAUGUGGCACUGACAUCCAUCCGUCCG